AGCUUCCGCCGUUCGAUUACCAGCCGCGGCCGUAUAAAGGUCCUUCCGCCGAUGAAGUUUUCCAGAAACGGAAGAAGUUUCUCGGACCCUCUCUUUUCCAUUUCUACCAAAAGCCUGGACUAAUAAGCGUCUUUGGAUUCGUGAAUCUCCGGAUUUUUGCAUAUUUAUGAUCAAUUGUUAGGGUUCCGCUUGUUCUAACCGUAGGAGCCCACAAAUCGAUUUGUGUGAACUGUGAAGUAAAUUAGCUUGCGUUUGAUCAAUUUAACUCUGCUUGUGAAUUCCUUAACAUCGUUGAAGGGAAGAUGCAGUACUUGUUUGAUGAGACUGGUAGGCGAUAUCUGGAUGCCUUUGCUGGAAUAGUCACAGUCUCAUGCGGUCACUGCCAUCCCGACAUUCUAAAUGCUAUUAACGAACAGAGCAAGCUUCUUCAGCAUGCGACCACCAUAUACCUGCAUCAUGCCAUUGGCGAUUUCGCUGAAGCAUUAGCUGCUAAGAUGCCUAGAAAUCUAAAGGUUGUGUACUUUGUAAAUUCUGGCUCAGAAGCUAAUGAGCUAGCAAUGAUGAUGGCUAGGCUUUACACCGGUAGCCUUGAGAUGAUUUCAUUGAGAAAUGCUUAUCAUGGUGGAAGUUCUAAUACUAUUGGACUAACAGCUCUUAACACAUGGAAAUACCCAUUACCACAGGGUGAAAUCCACCACGUCGUAAAUCCAGAUCCAUACCGUGGAGUAUUUGGGUCUGAUGCUUCUCUUUAUGCAAAAGAUGUGGAAGACCAUAUUCAAUAUGGUACUUCUGGAAAAGUGGCUGGUUUCAUCGCGGAGACCAUCCAGGGGGUCGGAGGAGCUGUAGAAUUGGCUCCUGGUUACUUAAAGUCGGUUUAUGAAAUUGUACGCAACGCUGGUGGUGUAUGCAUUGCCGAUGAAGUCCAAACUGGAUUUGGCCGGACAGGAAGUCACUAUUGGGGUUUCCAGACUCAGGAUGUAGUUCCUGACAUUGUCACAAUGGCAAAGGGAAUUGGAAAUGGAUUGCCAUUAGGAGCUGUAGUGACUACACCAGAAAUCGCGAGCGUUUUAGCCACGAAGAUUCAGUUCAACACUUUUGGGGGAAACCCGGUUUGUUCAGCUGGUGGACUUGCUGUUUUAAACGUUAUCGACAAGGAGAAACGUCAAGCACAUUGUGCUGAAGUUGGUUCACACCUUAUUCCACGUUUGAAAGAUCUGCAGAAAAGACAUGAUAUCAUUGGGGAUGUGAGAGGAAGGGGAUUAAUGGUUGGGAUCGAGCUUGUGACUGACCGGAAGGACAAGACACCAGCCAAGGCUGAAACAGCUGUCUUAUUUGAGCAACUUAGAGAACUUGGGAUUCUCGUUGGAAAAGGAGGACUGCAUGGUAAUGUUUUCAGGAUAAAGCCACCAAUGUGUUUCACCAAAGACGAUGCAGAUUUCUUGGUAGAUGCAUUGGACUAUUCCAUGUCGAGGUUGUGAAGGACGAAAGAAAGUGAAUUCUUAAACGUAUGAUCUGUUUUAAUGUUUCUCUGUUCUUUGUUAUGAACCAAUCCAACUCUCUCUUCCUUUGAUUUGAGAAUAAAUAAAUAAAAUUUCU